AUGUCGCAAAAGCCGGUCGACAUCCCCGCGCCUGCCAGCGGCAGCGAAGCUUUCCCCACCUCCGAUGCUGGCAACGCCGCCGACAGCGCCAUCGAGAGCGGCGGAUCGUCGCCCGUCAUGCCCCACGCCUUUGUCCACCACCGUCACCUCAGUGGUGGUCCUGGCGUCGGCCCGGGCACCGCUUCGCCCGGUCGAUACAGUGCCACCCAGGCACAGCAGCUUGCCCUCAAGAUGGCCCAGCAAGAGCAGGAGCAGAAGGAAGCUGCAGCGUCCGCGGCCAACCAACAGCAGGCUCCACGCGAUCUGUCGCGCUCCGCAUCCGUCCGAUCCGGCACACGCAAGCUCUCCGGUGGCACUCCGGGCUUUUCUUCCGCCUCUCCACGCCACUUCUCUCAGUCGAGCCACGGUCAGUCGCGACCCGCACCUUUUCCGCAGGCUUCCCAGCGCGAGGCUUUCGACGUCGCCGUCGCUUCCUCCAACCUCGCUUCGUCCUCCGAUGGUCUGCAGGCUCUGCUUCGAGACCACCCGGAGCUCGUCUCCAGCAGCCUGGCUGCCGCGGCCGGUCCCAACCUCGCCAUGACGGGCGCAUACAGCACACGCUCCGGCAGCCACGCAGGCAGCAAGUCCGGCAGCGUCCCCGGCACGCCUUACGAAGGAGCUGACCACCUCAACCAGUCCGGCCACGUGCUUGCCAUGGGUGGCUCCCUUUCCAACUCCUUCCACCAGGCUCAGAAUCAGUCGCAGCAGCAGCAGCACCAACACGGCUCGCACAGCCACCACCAUCAUCAUCACCACCACGCUCCCAUGUCGCCCACCCACGACAACGGCCGCGGUCGCAUCCUCAAGGACGCACCCGAGGUCGGCGAAGGCGGUCCCUCCAGCGGCCAGAGCGGGCUGGGCGCAGCGCUCGGUCUGGGACACGGCAUCCGCACAGGCCUGUCCACGCCCAACCUCGGCGCGGCCGGCGCCAGGCCCGACUACUCGGGCGCCAAGAUCGUCGUCUGCAUGGUCGGCCUGCCCGCGCGCGGCAAGAGUUACGUGGCCAACCGCGUGCUCAAGUAUCUGCGCUGGCUCGAGUACGACGUCAAGGUGUUCAACGUGGGCCAGCUGCGCCGCGCUCUCGCACGCGCAAAGUACAACUCGUCUGGCGUCAAGGAGGACCACACCGCGUCGUUCUUCGACCCCACCAACCCGUCCGCCUACAAGCUGCGAUCGCAGAUGGCCGAGGAGUGUCUCGAGCAGCUCAUCGGCUGGCUCAAGCGCGGUGGCAAUGUGGGAAUCCACGAUGCGACCAACUCGACCCGCGCUCGUCGCAAGGAGAUUGCCGAUCGUAUCGCCAAGGAGCCGGAUCUCAAGCUCGUCUUUCUCGAGUCGAUCUGCACCGACCCCAAGGUGAUUGAUGCCAAUAUUGCGGUCAAAGUGAGCAGUGGCGAUCCGGACUAUGCCGGUAUGACGCCCGAAGCUGCCAAGAAGGACUUUUUGGAACGCAUCCGUCACUACGAAGACACCUACGAGCCGGUCAACUUUGACGGAUCCGAGGCGCACUAUAGCUACGUCAAGGUGACGGACGUGGGCAAGAGCGUGACGAUCAAUCAGAUCCAGGGCUAUCUCGAGUCGCGCAUUGCAUUCUACCUGAUGAAUCUGCAUCUGACGCCGCGCAACAUCUUCUUCUCGCGCCAUGGCGAGUCGCAGUACAACGUCGAAGGCAAGAUCGGUGGAGAUUCCGACUUGUCGCCGCGCGGAUGGAUGUAUGCCAAAGCAUUGCCGCAGCUCAUCAAGGACAAUAUUGGCGAUGCACCGCUGACGGUUUGGCACAGCACGCUGCGCAGGACGGGUCAGACGGCAAGCGAAUUGCCGUAUCCAAAGUUGGCCUGGAAGAGUCUGGACGAACUCGACGCGGGCGUUUGCGAUGCAAUGACGUACGAAGAGAUCGAAAAGUACUACCCCGAGGAUUACGCCAACCGCGAUGACGACAAGUUCAACUACAGAUACAGAGGCGGCGAAUCGUACCGCGACGUUGUGGUGCGUCUGGAACCGAUCAUCAUGGAGCUGGAACGUCAGGAAAACAUCUUGAUCAUCGGUCACCAGGCCAUCAUCCGAUGCUUGUACGCCUACUUCCACGCCCUCUCGCAGGAGGACUUACCCUACAUCAAAAUCCCUCUCCACACCGUCAUCCAACUCACCCCAAAGGCGUACGGCUGCGACGAAAAGAGAUUCCAACUCCCCAUCGAAGCUGUCGACACCCACCGCCCCAAACCUCUCCGUUCGGAUAUCGACGACCACCCACCCACUCCGCCCCUCGACCCCCUCGAAAUCGCAGCUACCUCGGCACCUCCCUCCCAAACCAAACCCAACCCCAACUAA